GGGCGAUUUACCGCAAGUUGACCAGGAAUCAGAUUAAGAGUCAACUAGUCACGGCCACCCCGUGCAGGGUCAACUUAUGGCGUCUCAGAUCCUCCCCCUCGAACUCAUUGAUAGAUGUAUCGGAUCGCGCAUAUGGGUGAUCAUGAAAAAUGACCGCGAGUUCACCGGGACCCUCUUGGGUUUCGACGACUUUGUCAAUAUGGUGUUGGAGGACGUGACAGAAUACGAGACGACUCCCCAAGGCAUAAAGCACGCGAAACUCAAUCAGACGUUGCUUAACGGGAACAAUAUUUGCAUGCUGAUCCCUGGUAGCUCGGGUCCGGAUUCGUGACGAGCCUCAAAUCGGAAUUGAGUAUUCACUGCACACUAGUAGGAUCCACGAUUCGGGUGAUUCUAGUAUUAAGUUCAUCAUAUGCGAACCAAGGUCGCGCUUUACACCGAAUUUACAUCUGGACUUCUACAUACUGUCCCUCCCGAUAAAUUGCUAGUGUACUAGUUGUCCGGACCAAACAGAGUCACAACACAUGCGAGUGUCUUUCACUUAGCUGUUCUUUGACAAAGCCA